AUGAGUGCGAAUGUAGGUAGUCCUAGGAGAGCGAACGUACCAGCGGAUACAGAGAAACGGGGGCAAACAGGGGACGUGGGUGUUGAGAGGGAAGAACACGCGGGGCUGGCACCUGGCGGUGUAGGUAUGGGUGCUCCUGGUGAUGUAGGUAUGGGUGCACCAGGUGAUGUAGGUAUGGGUGCACCUGGUGAUGUAGGUGUAGGUAUGAGUGUACCUGGAGAUGCAGGUGUAGGUAUGGGGGGAGGGGCAGGGGAGAGUAAGAGUGCGCAUGCACAGCCCACGCAGCAAGCGGUGGACGGCAACGCGACAGCUGUUAUAGUGGAGCAGAUGAGUGCAAACAGGACACACAGAACGGGCACGAAUGGCACUCUGACGACACACACGAGCACCACACAAGCACAGGCACAUGCACAAGCACAAGCACAGGUACAGGCACAGGCACAGGCACAGGCACAGGCACAGGCACAGGCACAGGCACAGACACAGGCACAGGCACAGACACAAGCACAGAGCCACACUUGGGCCGAGGCAGUGUACACCCAGGGUAAUACAGCGCACACACAAGGCAGCGCUACACGCACACAGACACAGGCAAGCAAGACGGAGACACACGCGGAUGCUCAGGGGAGAGGCAGUGGGAGUGUGGAGGGGAGUGGAGAGAGGGGUACGCGCGCGAGUUAUGUGCCCGGCCACACACACACACAGCACACACAGCAGACAGGCAUACACACACACACACAGCACACACAACAGACAGGCACGCACACGCACGAGAAAGCCAUGAGGGGCUCUGGGAAUACUACAACCAUCAGAAACUCAAUCAAUACGUCGGUGAUGAGUACCAGCACGGGGAUGGGGAGUGGCGGGAGCAGUCUUUUAAUAGAUUCGCCCAAUGAGAGCGGCAGCUCUAAUUCGUUCGUAUCCAUGCUAGAGGCGGACACGCCCGUGCCCAUACAAACACUGCAGGCUUUACCUACCUCGGGAGUCAGUUCGGUAUCAAAGUCGAGGAAUAUGCUGAGUGUGAACAACAAAUAUAUGCACAUGACGAAAAAUAUGCACGCACACGUGGAACGGAAUGUGGAACAAAAUGUGGAGCGGAAUGUGGAGACGAGCAAGAAUUUAAAAACAGAACUCGACUCCGGCGUUCGCGCGGAGAGGCAGCAGCCAAUCAGAAUGCUCGACAGAUUGCCGCCGGUGGAAACAUCCGACACCAGCAUGAUGGACGAUACCCUACUGAGCUCACAGGGCCUCACUCUCCCAGGGCAGGCGUUGCAGAGUAUGGUUAAUAAGGAAAACGAGGUGCCUUCCUCGGCGAUACGAUCUAUGACGAGCACGGGCGUGCACAGUAACCCCCACGCCCACACCCACUCACAAACACAAACACAGACACAGACACAGACACAGACACAGUCACAUUUACUCGCAUCACCACACACACACACACAAAACCACACAGAUCCACACAGCAGGCAUGCAACGCACACACGCGGAAGCGUGGACGAUAUGGACACGGGCGAGCGUGUGCGUGCGAGGGCGGGUGUGAGUUUGGAUGUGAGGCUCAGAGGCUAUUCCGCGCCGCAGGUGUCUGGUGUCAAACAAGGGUCGGGUGUCGGAACAUUGUCAGAGAAUAACGUCGGUAACCAUGGCGACGGCGCCGCGCCACGAAAGCCGCUGGGGAAUCUGAUGGUGCCCUCUCCGGUUGCCAUGGCAACGCAGAAGUCAGGAGACGGGCAGAGACAUAUGGGCACUGUACAGCAGCAACAACUCUACAUGAAUAAUCAGGAUUCACACAAUCUUCACGUACAUAACAAAAGCAACACCAGUGCGCAAGAUACAAAUAGCAUGCACGCUCAUGCGCGUGACUCGGCGAUGAGGAACGGGAACAGCGACAAUUUCAGCCAGCAUUCGAGGAUACCUACAUCCCUAUCUCCAAGCGGCUUGCCAACACACGCACAGCCACAACCGCAUCCUCGACCGGCCACCACAUCACGCACACAGUCACAACAACCAGCCUACACUCACGCGCAGAUAUCAAUGUCCGGGGGAGGUAAACACACACGCACGACAAAAACACACGCCGACGCGAGUACGGCGCAGAUGCACACACACACACACACAACACACACGGACGCACAACUGAACUAUCUGGAAGGCCUCCGGACACAGUCGCGUGAGGAUGUGGGGUCACGGUCUGGCCCGAGUGGACCAUCCGACACAAACACACGUGCGAAUUCACACCCGAGCGAUGCCGUAUCUGCGCCACACACCGGUGCGAGUUUGAGUGGGAGUGUGGGAGUGGGUGGAGGUGUGGGAGGGCAUAGGGAGAAGGAGGGCCGGGCCGAGGCAAACGAGGAGACGCCGUUUGUGAUGUCUAAGACACGCUUGCGCACACCUGUUGAGCCACACAGCCCACCCAUGGCCACACCCAUGUCCAAUCCGCGGCUGAAGGACACCCGCGCUAUGGCGAGUACCACAUCGCACGAUACGCCGACGGUGGCUCCUAUCAAACGGCCGAGGACAGAUACAGACAAUGGGCCGUACACACACACCCACAGCUCGUAUGACAACGCACAGGCACGCCAUUCGACGAACGAUACUAAGCCUCAACCACACACACACAACACAUGUAACGACGUACACGCACACCAGCGCCUCCCCGAGGGCUCGCACGCAGACGACGCGCUUGCGCAACGGGACACACAGCCCACACACGCACACACACAACAACACACACAACAACACGCACAGCCACCAUCACAACCGCCACCACGUAUGCACACACAGAGCCACGAGCUACACAAACAGCCACAACAGUCCGACGCACAGACACACAGAAGCGACCGGCCGCCCACCGGCGAACGGUUGAGUGCACAGGCGUACGCAGACAGCAAGCGUCCAAGGAUGGACGACAGCGGAUUCAAGGUGCCCGGGCCGCCUCUCUCGCUAACUCAGGGGGGGAUGCAGAGCACCCCCCAGGCGAAACGCAGUAGUACUGCGGGCUCAACACCACGCAUACCACAAGCCACACAGUCCAGAUACGCCAACACACACACCAACGAGAGGAUACCAGACACCGAGCGAAGCACCUUCGCACAGCCACAACCACCCACACACGCACACCAACCCGCGCAUACCCAGAUGAAUGGGCAGGCGCACACACAGGCGAAUACACACGCACACACACAUGCCAAUGCGUCUGUACAGGCACAUAUGCGGGGCCAGGGAGGUUUGGGUGGAGGCCGAUCCCAGUCUCAGGCGCAGAUGUUUGGUGGAUACGAGGGUAUGAAGAAGGGGUUGGCGAGCGCCAAUGAGAAGGCGUCUAUAAAUAGAACGCCACAGCAGCUCCACAGGACCACCACGCCCGGGCAACACAGAUUGCCGAAUGCGCAGCAAAUGAUUACGCCUGAUAACCGAAGUGAUAUGGACAAGAAUAAGAGCAAAAGGGGCAGUGCCCAUCACAACCACGAGCAUUUACCACCAAACAGUCAUCAGGCCUUACAGCCAUCCAUGCAG